GUUAUGCGAGAGGGAUAGAAAGCAAAGCACCACUCAUGGUCCCCCACUGUUCGAGCAGUAAGACAAACUAACUUGUGAUGAGGCUCCGCAGAUCGAACCGGGACCAAAAGACUCCGAGACAAUACCUGCAAACUGAGUUCUUUUAUGAUCAAGCUUGAUCAGAUUCGACUCCCCUGUCGGGCAGUAUUUUGAGUCUACGUCGGUCUCGGAAGCAUUUGUUUCCCGCCUCUAGGGGAAUCGAUUAAUCACCCGCAUAACGCAAGAACAACGCAGCGAUCGUGCUUGGCGAGCUGGAGAAGAGCAACUUCACCAAUCUUAAAAAACUUUCUUCUCAUCGCCGAAAUUCAUCGAGAUACUUACCGACCGGGGAAGGUCGUUGAGCUUGUAUGAGUUCUAAUCCCUUCAGAAAGCGGGCUUCGGCCGAACGUCCCCGAACAUCGCAAGAUGAUUCGACUCGGGGACAGGAUCCACAAGUGCUUUCGACAUCGCCGAACCGUAGUAGAGCGAGUUCAUGGGAAGUCGUCGACAUACCGCCGCCUUCACCGGCUCUACGGAAGCGAAGUCCUCCUCCACGACUACAUUCGAGAAACAGAAGAUCCUACAUCCCUCCACCGGAGAUCAUAGCAGACCCAUUUAAUCCUACUACUGAGUCUCCGGUGUCUUCAGACUUUGAAGGUAAUGAUGAUGAUGAUGUACUUGCUCGGGAACCAACCGAGCUUGGCCGUCCAGGAACAACCAGCUUUCCUAGUGCUGGAAACGAUGGAGGAUACUCAGUGGCUAAGUCUGGACGACAGUCGCUGGAUGCAGACGCCUUCAAACGACUAAUGCUCACAGGCCAAAGUUCACUCUCUUCACCCCAGACACCAGGAACGGGUCCAACUCCUCCAGUCGUUGCACCGGAUAGUUCCACAGACACAAGCAGUAUUUCUCGACAAUCUAUCUUCGAUCCAAUACCGGAAGCAGUGGAUGGAGUUCCGGAUGAGACACCCAGGACCAGCAAUGAAUUAGACGAGGAGGAAGAACGGCGUCGAUCUAAGGAGCGGACUCCUAAACCGAAGCCUCCACCGCCGAGGGCACGGAAUAAGAGCGGUGGAAGAUCUUCAGCCUCUCCGCCCUCUUCAGUGGCCGAUAUCCCCAGCCUAACGCCACCUCGGCCUCCAUCUAUACACUCCGUAUCAUCGGAGAGAUCGCUGCCACCGCCACCGCCACCGCCACCACUUCCGGUGGGCUCAACCAGUCCAAUUUUAAACGAGACUGUAUCACCGGCAUCUCCUGCGGCAUCCACCAUCUCAAAGAAAAUAGCCCCUUCACCACCACUUUCUCGUCGUCACUCGGUUCAAUCAAAUACUAACCCCCUUCGCCCGAGCACCCCCGCGGGAAGUGCCAAUAGUUCUAAAAUGAAACCUCCUCCACCUCCGAUCCGCCGGCACAAGAGCACAAGUUCCCGGGCUUCUACAGUCCCUCUAUCUGCCUUACCGGUCCCUCCACCACCACCCCCGCCUCCGCCAAGGCGAAAUAGAAGCUCGACAGCAAAUUCAUAUGAAACUCCAGAGGAACCUCUAACUACCCCUCCGGAAAAGUCUUUACCUCUUCCUACAGAGCCAGCAAUGCCAAUUGUUCAGGGAACUGAAACAGAUAUCUUGAUUGAUCUGGAAAAGCUGCAAAGAGAGGUGGAUGAGUUACGGGGUAAGUACGAAGGGAGGGGUGUUGGUCCGGCCGUGUCAACUUAAUACAUACAUACCACAGCAUGCGUGCUGGACACGUUCCUUUUGCUUAUUUUUUUAGGGCGGAGUUUGCUCGGUGGAGCGUGGGUUGAGUGGUACUUGCUUUUACUUUCUUAGAAUUGGUCUUUUUUUUCCCCUUUCAAGCAAAAAGGAGAGACCCGAGGAAUGAACUUGCUUGUUCGGGGGUAUACCUGUUUGCGCCGCAGCGUAAUAGUGGAUAUGAAUUUUAAUGGUUUAUCCUGUUUAUUCUUCUGUGAAUAAAUGUUUGGCUGCUGGUUG